UAAUUUACGCUCAUUACCUCCCUUGGCGGAAGUUUACAUUUUGUCACAAAUAAAUGAGAAAUUUUGCCAAAAAUGGGACUUUUCGGCAAAGAUCAGCAGAAAUCGCCAAAAGAUAUGGUAAAUGAAUGGACACACAAAUUGAGAAAGGAAGGCUAUGUACUGGAACGUCAAAUUAAGGCCAUACAGAGAGAAGAAGAGAAAACAAAGAGACAGUUGAAGGAUUCAGCUAAGAAAGGAGAGAAGGCAGCCUGCAGUAUACUAGCAAAGGAAAUUAUUGGAGCGAGAAAAACUGUCAACAGAUUAUAUGCCUCAAAAGCCCAUCUUAAUUCUAUAUCGAUGAAUAUGAAAAACCAGCUAGCGACAUUACGGAUAGCAGGUGCUCUUGAGAAGAGUACAGAUGUGAUGAAGUCAAUGCAGGCAUUGAUAAAGCUUCCUGAGAUACAGAGGACUAUGAUGGAAAUGUCCAAAGAAAUGAUGAAGGCUGGAAUCAUUGAGGAGAUGAUGGAGGACACAAUGGAGGGCCUUGAUGACUCCGAGGAAAUGGAAGAGGCUGCACAAGAGGAAGUUGAUAAAGUCUUGUAUGAAUUAACUGCUGGAGAAUUAGGUAAAGCACCAACUGCAGUCACAGACACGUUACCAGCCACUAGUGAACCAGAGGGCGCCACUGCUGCAGUAAGUGAUGAUGAGGCGGAAGAUCUCAUGGCAAAACUGACGGCAUUGCGGAGCUAGUUGUUACAGCUGUGAUAUAUGUUACAUAGACUGUUGUACCCAUGCUGACAGUGAAAUGAUAUAGUAGAGAGUAGAACAGAGAAUAGUGUAGUGCUUGGGGAAUUUAGUAAAGUGGGAAGUAAAAUUUGUGUUUUGAAAAAAUUUAAAUACCAGAGUUGUUCAGAAUUUCAGCAUAUCAGUCUACAAAUGUUUCCUUAUUGAUGGAUAACAUUACAGUUUUUGAAAGGUCUUUAUAGUUAAAAUGUAGGAUAGAAGCGUCAUGCUUCUAUGAUUUGACAGUCACCAAUACUAUAUUUACCUAUACAUAUAUAUGCAUGAAACUUGUUAGUGAGUUUUUUUACCAUAAAUUUAUUUAUAUAUAUAUAUUAUUUACUACCAGCUUUACUACAUGUCCCUUGCAUUAUAAAAAAGACUAGUUUUAGGAUAAAUUCUGCAGGUCAGUUAAUCGAAGAAGUAUAAAAUCUGUAGAAAAUGAACAAAAACUGGAACCACAUCAUGGUAAAAAGGACCAACUGGCAUUCAUUUUCAUUUUCAGAAUUAUUAAUAAAAAUGUCAAAAUAAAUGAUGUCAAAUACUAAUUCAUGCCCAUGACACAAAUACUACAAUGUUUAUAAAACUAAAGAACAUAUAUUUCAUCAAAUAGAUAUCUUUUAGAUACAUUUUACCAUGGCGUGGUUCACUAUGAAGAUGCGUAUAGCAAAAGUUGUGUACCAUGUCAUGAUAUUAUAAUGAUGUUUCAUACUUUGUUUAUAAUGAUAAUAUUGUUUGUCUGGGUGACAUUGUAACUUAUAAACAUGUUUGAUUAUGUAAGUGUCUGUGUAGAUUCAUCAUUUGUUUGAAUAAGCUGGUAAGAGAGUGUCUGAAUACCAUUUCCAGAUUUCUACAUUUCAGGUUCAUGUGUAUAUUCUGAAAGUCACUAAGGCUUGGGUAGUUUUUAGCUCAUCUGAUUUUUUGAAAAAAAAUGAUGAGUUAUUGUCAUCACUUGAGCGGUUGUCGGCGUCGGCGUUGCCUGGUUAAGUUUUAUGUUUAGGUCAGCUUUUCUCCUAAACUAUCAAAGCUAUUGCUUUGAAACUUGGAAUACUUGUUCACCAUCAUAAGCUGACCCUGUAUAGCAAGAAACAUAACUCCAUCUUGCUUUUUGCAAGAUUUAUAGCCCCUUUUGUACUUAGAAAAUAUCAUAUUUCUUGGUUAAGUUUUAUGUUUAGGUCAACUUUUCUCCUAAACUAUCAAAGCUUUUGCUUUGAAACUUGGAAUAUUUGUUCACCAUCAUAAGCAGACCCUGUACAUCAAGAAACAUAACUCCAUCUUGCUUUUUGCAAGAAUUAUUGUCCCUUUUGGACUUAGAAAAUUUGUUUUCUUGGUUAAAUUUUAUGUUUAGGUCAGCUUUUAUCCUAAACUAUCAAAGCUAUUCCUUUAAAACUUGCAACACUUGUUCACCAUCAUAAGCUGACCCUGUACAGCAAGAAACAUAACUCCAUCCUGCUUUUUGCAAGAUUUAUGGCCCCUUUUGGACUUAGAAAAUAUCAGAUUUCUUGGUUAAGUUUUAUGUUUAGGUCAACUUUUUCUCUUAAACUGUCAAAGCUAUUGCUUUAAAACUUGCAACUCUUGUUCACCAUCAUAAGCUGACCCUGUACAGCAAGCAACAUAACUCCAUCCUGCUUUUUGCAAUAAUUAUUGCCCCUUUUGGACUUAGAAAAAUCAUUUUCUUGGUUGAAUAUUAUGUUUAAGUCAACUUUUCUCAUAAACUAUCAAAGCUAUUGCUUUAAAACUUGCAACAGUUUUUCACCAUCAUAAGUGGACACUGUACAUCAAGAAACAUAACUCUAUCCUGCUUUUUGCAAGAGUGAUGGCCCUUUUUAGACUUAGAAAAUCAUGGGUAGGACAAUAUUUCUAUUAUACAAAAAAAAUCAGAUGAGCGUCAGCACCCGCAAGGCGGUGCUCUUGUUUGUUUUUGUUUUCAUAUCUAAAAACUUCAUCAGGGAAGUAUGAAAAAUCAUCUGAUUAAUUUAGUUACUAGAAAUUUUCCAAAAUUACAUGAAUGUACUGAAUGCCGUAGAAUUUUCAGACAAAAAUUGACUGAAUUGUGAACACAUCUUUUUCAUGUUAAUUUUUGUUACAAAUGCAGUAAACAUUUGUUGGCUUGAUCUCAAUGGGACAUUAGAAAUUCAUUCAAGCAAUCAGUAGUUUAACUUUUCCCCCCUUGUUUUUGGACUUGGUGUUGUUAUAUUCUGGUCAUUUGGUGACCAUUUCGUGUUUCAUAUGUGCAACACAAAGGAAAUGGGAACAAGUUCUUUUAACAUUUUAAUGAACGCCGUCUCCUAUGUUUCUGUAGAUUUGAACAUAAAGUAAAAUUGGUUGAUCAAAUAUCAUAAACUAGGUGGCUUGGGCAAAUUGUAGAAAAUUAACAUUCUUGCGGUUACAUUUUCUACCUGAUCUUCAUAAAGUUUGGUAAGAAUAUCUGUUUCAGUGAAAUCUAGAUAAGGUUUGAAACUGGGCUGUGGCAAAAAGUUAGGUCACUUGGUCAGUUCAUUAAAAAUUCACAUUUUCAUACUAGAGACCUUAUUCAUGUUUUUUUUUUCAGUAUGUCUAUCUUUAUAAAAUCUACGUGAAGUUCAAAACUCACUCAGGUAGAAUCAAAAACUAAGGCAUUAUGUUAGAUAAUUGAAAAACUGGUUUACUGAUCACCUGAUUUGGAUAAAGCAUGACCAGAAUGUCUGUUGUAAUGUAAUGUAGAUCAGAUUGUCAGAUUCUAAGGUACCUAGGGUAAAAACAAGGUCAGGUGAGCAAUAUCAGGCUAUCACAGCUAUUUUGUUUAAAAUAAUUUUAAUCUGGAUGUGAAUCACCAUUGAUAUAGCUGGACUGACAAAGUUUUGUUGCCCAUAAUAAUACUGACAUAUUUUUAUGUAUACAAGAAUAGUCAGUUCUGUUUUAUUGUAUCGAGAGUGUAUGGAGGUUCAGGUUACAAUAGUCAGGAUUUGGACAACAAUAUACUCAGUUAAAGUAGGUUAGGUAUGUUUUAUGUUAUACUUUUAACAGUUGUCCAGGUUUUUAAUUUACCACUGUCAUUUUUCUUUCUCUUGGAAAAAAUAAAAUGUGUACACAAAAAGUACCUCCUGAUUGAUCUAGCAAAUCUGUAACAGAUGUUUCAUGUUGCAAGAUCCAAAUAAAAGUUAUACCAGUACAUCAUUCUGCAAGUCUCUAUGAAUAAACUGUUUUAUUCAGUUAUUACCCGUGGUAAUGGUAGGUCAGGUAUACAUACUUGAGAAUAUGCAUUUAAUAAGUACCCAUUUGUUAACUUACUCCUCCUGACAUAAUGUAUAUACUUUCAGUUUUAACUUAUAGAAUACCGUCAUAUUUGUAGACUUUCUAUAGUCAGUGUACAUACUGAUUUAUGUAGAGGUGUAUAAUGUCCUUGCUCCUUUUUUAUUGCUGUACAUGUCAUCCAUUAUUUUUAAGUUAUGAAAGCAGUUAUGAAUACAUAAAAUUGUAAACAAUAUUAUGUCGUAAGUUUACUUGUAAUUGUACUUCACAUUAGGGACACAUUUAGCUCAGCUGUAGAUAUGUACAAACUGCAUUUUUCUGUUCAGUUAUUUUCUGUAUUUUAAGGAUAUGAAAAAGGGUACAGUUUCUGUAAAAAAAUACACUAUUGGUUACUUUUACAGAAAAUUUCUUAUAAAGUUUAUGAAGGAACCUCGAGUAUGUUGUUUUAGCUUAAAAAUCACAACCAUGUCAAUAUACAAGAGACCUGUUGAUAACUGGUAAUUUUUAUGAACUUGUGUUAGAUAAGAGCCAAGUUCAGCAUGAUAAGAGCACAUGUAUUGUCAGGAGUUUAACUUUGAACUAAAAAAUUGUUUAUAUUAUAGUUUCUGUACACUGCUUUUCUUGUUAUGGCUUGCUUUUUAUUUUUUGUUUUUAGCUCACCUGAGCACAAAGUGCUCAUGGUGAGCUAUUGUGAUCACGCUGUGUCUGUCAUCUGUUGUGCAUCCGUCAAUCAAGUUCGUCCGUCCAUCAUCAAUCAUUGUGUUUAAACGACAUGUCCUCCAAAACCACUGCAUGGAUUUUAAUAGAACUUGGUGAGGAUGGUCCUCUACCAAAUUUGUUCAAACGGUUCUGCUUGGUUGCACCUAAGGACUGCCAGAGCUAAAAAUAGAAUAAUCUUCAAAUCUUCCUCCUAACUGAUGGUCUGAUUUUGAAAUUUACACAAAUCGUCCAUAUGUCACUCUCUACCAAGAUUGUUCAAAUUAUACCGAUUCGUCAAAAAACAUGGACGCCUGGGAGCGUGGUCACUUUUCUCUAUAUCUAUAUAGUGGAAAUUUAAAAAAUCUUCUUUAGUAAAAUAGCUAGCCCAAUUUUAAAAUAAUUUUACACAAAUGGUCCUUGUGCGACACUACCAAGAUUGUUCAGGUUAUUCGGGGGGGGGGGGGGGGGUCACUUUUCCCUAUAUCUAUAUAGUGGAAAUUUAAAAAAUCUUCUUGAGUGAAAUAGCUAGGCUGCCGGUGGGGGCGUGGUCACUUUUCCCUAUAUCUAUAUAGUAGAAACUUAGAAAAUCUUCUUGUGUAAAUCUGUUAGCCCGAUUUUAAAAUAAUUUCACACAAAUUGUCCUUGUCUGACCUUCUACAAAUAUUGUUCAAAUUUUUCUGAUUCAGAGGGCAUGGUCACUUUUCAUCAACAAUUUCUUUGAAUAACAUCUCCUCCAAAACCAGCCCCAUGUGGUUCUGGGACGAUCUGUGUAUGAAAAGAAUUGUAACCACUGCCUUACCACUGCAUGAUUGUAAAAAGCGACUAAUAGGGUCUAAACACUUGGUUUUGCUGUAACUCUGUGAUUCCAGCAGGUAUGCAAAUUUUGAUUCCAUACCUCAUGUUUUUAUUUCGAUGUAAAUGAGAUGUGAAACCAAAAUUUGUAGUCCUGUUUGGCGCCAUAUAACCUAUACUGUGCGCCAUAAAACCCAAAUAAGUAAAUAAAUCCUCCAAAACCACUGAAUAGAUUUUGAUGAAACUUUUCACAAAUAAUCUCAGGGUAGCCCUCUUUCAAAGUUGUUCAAAUGGUUCCAGUUCAUUGAACAUGGGUCUGUUUGGUAAAAAAAAAAUAGGUUGUCACCUUUCAGAUGUUUAAAAUAUUUUUCUCUAGAGCUUUGAUAUUUGGCAUGUGACAUAAGGGUUUUACUGUCUACCAUAUUUAUCCAAAUUAUUGCCCUAAGGUCAAAAAUGGCCACGCCCCAGUGCGUGACAUGUACUUAUAGGCUUAUAUUUACAUUUGCCCUAUUCUUUUCCAUUGAAAAUUAUGAUGUUCAUUUCGUACGAACAGCAAAAGGAAAGGCGCGAAAGUUACGUCAUCUCUGUUUAGUGAUAACCAAGCGCUGUUUUGACGACGUCCACGUAUAGUCAGGGAGAACGUUCCUUAGAUGACAUCGCAGUUGUUCUGUCAAGUGAACAGAAUAGCCGGGAAGCUGAUUUUAAUGUUAAAUGCCAUAAAAUAUGUACAAUUUAUAAUAAUAUCUUGUUUACAAAUGGAAAGGAAAUAUGAGGUAAAUAUAAGAAAUGAAACUUUUUUUCGGUGUUCGACAGAAUAGGAUCGGCAAAUUAAACAUGAAUCCCUAGUGCGAUUCAUAGAUUUGCCGAUCCUAUUCUGUUGUUCAUUUCGCAUGAACACCGAAAAAAAUCUUAAUUUUAAAUCUUAAUUUCUUAAUUACAUGUGUAUAAGAAACUUUGAAAAUCUUCUCUGACUCAACAAUAGCUACAGCUUUGAUAUUUGACAUGUGAUAUCAGAGUUGUACUGUCUACCAUAAUUGUUAAAGUUAUUGCCCUAGGUUCAAAAAUGUGUGUUACAUUUAUAUAAAAUAGGCUAACAUAGAAGAAACCUAACUCUGUUCUUGUACUAUUACGUUAUACAAACACACUUGAAGCCUUGUACACAGGUGAGCGCUUUAGGGUCAAUGACAUUCUUGUUUUCCUAUAUUUACUAGGCUUAAAAUAUUAUAUUUGUGUAUAAUUGUUGAUUUUUUACAAAAGAGAAAAUAAAAUUUGGUGCAAA